AGAAACCCUAGCAUUCAAAUCAAAGCAAAGCUCCAAAUACAGAAAAGGUAAAAUCUUUUCAAAGGCCAAUGAACGAAGAAAUCAGUAUCUCCCCUCAAAUUCACAAAGCUAAGAGAGUUGUGAAGCUUUCAAAGAAUACAAAGCACAUGGAUGUUGAUGGGGCUAUGGGAAUUCAUUUACAAGAUGAAAUAAUUAUGGACAUUCUCAGUCUAUUAACUGUACGGUCUCUUCUUCGAUUCAAAUGUGUUUCAAAGGUUUGGAAAAGGUUAAUCUUAUUCGAGCCUUACUUUAAGAUGAAGCAUCUCAAUCGCGCCAAGAAUGAUCAAAAUUCCCGAAAGUUUCUUGUUAGCCAAAUGUCCCUUGAUACGGAUAAUAUGUUUUCCUUCUAUAGUUCUUCUUUGUCUUCGUUUUCUUCUUUCUCUUCAUUUCAACUGGUUAAGGAUGUGCAAAAACUUGAUUGCCCUUCAAAUUGUAGACCAAGCCGUUGCAGAAUCUAUUGUUGUCGCGAUGGCUUGUCUCUUAUUGGGGUUUGUAGUUAUCCUGACAAACACCUCGUACUUUUGCUAUGGAACCCCUCCACAAGGGAAUCUGAACUACUCCCUUGUCCUGAAUUUCCAACAGAGGAAUUUUGUACUUUUGGAUUGGGAUAUGACUCAACUAGUGAUGACUAUAAGAUCCUUAAGAUUGAUCCUAAAGCACGCGGUGAAAUUCUCUCGCUGAAAAGUGGUUCAUGGAGAAAAAUUGAUCAACAUCCUACCGGCGUUUACCCUGUGUUGUCUUGUAUGGACUCUUUGGCAUUUGUAAAUGGAGCAUUUCAUUGGCUUGGUUUGUCGCUCAAUGAUUUUGCGGUAUCAUUUAGUAUUUCAAAUGAAGUGUAUGGACAGAUUCCGUUGCCAUAUGCAAUGUGCUUAAUGGAAAACACCGAACGUGGCAUCUCAGUAUUGAACGGAAUGCUUUGUGGUUAUUGUAUUAACAGUCGGGAGAAGGACUGUUUUUGCGCAUUGGUAAUGAAAGACUAUGGUGUCAAGGAAUCUUGGUGUCCAUUGUUUGUUAUACAAUGUACGAAUCUUUAUUCAGCCAUACCCGGAUAUAGGUUUGCAGAUGGUGAAGUGUUGCUCUAUACUGGGAAUUGGUUUUAUUCUGUAUUGAGGACAUCCAAAGGACCAUUUGGAUUAUGUCCUCAAUCAAAUACUUAUCGUGAAGGAUUCGUUUGUACAGAGAGUGUGAUCUCUCCAAAAUUACAUUAUGAAUGAUGGAGACAAUUCUUUUAUUUUUUCUCGGGUUAUCAUGUUACAACUCUUAUUCUUGUAAGUUUAUCUAUUGAUCGACAAUUUUUAGUUAAUAGUUGUUUUGCUCAA